AUGACAGGUCCCGUUCCAACUUCAUCUAUGGCUUCGCUAAACAUCCACGAUUCCGUUGCUUCUCGAGGACUCAGCAUGGCUCAACAACGAGAGAUUGCUGCUGCUCAAGCACAAGCUGCCGCAAUGGACCGACCUUACCGCCCGUCAACAAGACCAUUUCCCAGUUCGGCAUCGCUUUAUGUCGGCGAACUUGAUCCGAGUGUACAAGAAACGAACUUGUUCGAAAUAUUUAACGCCAUUGGCCCUGUCGACAAUGUGCGAGUAUGUCGGGACGGCAUUACCAACCGUAGCUUAGGCUAUGCUUUUGUCAACUUCAAAACACACGUCGACGGCGAACGUGCACUGUACGCACUCAACAGCACAUUGAUUCACGGCAAGCCGUGUCGAGUCAUGUGGUCGCAGCGCGAUCUUGCUAAACGCAAAGUAUCCGGAGGCAACAUAUUUGUCAAAAACCUCGAUCCUUCCAUCACAAGCAAGUCGCUUCGCGACACGUUUGCACACUAUGGAGCGAUCUUAUCAUGUAAAGUUGUCACGGAUCCCCAAGGACAGUCAAAGGGUUAUGGUUUUGUGCAUUACGAUACGAUCGAAGCGGCAGAGAAUGCAAUUCAACAUGUCAACGGAACAACCGUCUAUGACAGAGAACUCUACGUGGGACAUCACAUUCCAAAACGUGAACGGCAACAGCACCACCAGCAGAAUCAUCAUCAUAAUAACAAUAAUCACCAGCAUCAUACCAACAGCAGCAACAACCAUAUCAACGGCAGUAUAAGCAACGGUCAUCACCAAAGCAACCACCAUGGCAACAAUCACCAUAACCAUGGCAACAAUCACCAUAACCAUAGCAACCUCCUCAACAACAACAAUAACCAUAGUAACCUUCCUAGCAGUAAUAACAAUCAUAGCAGCAACAACAACCAUCAGCAACAACAACAACAGCCGAUCAAAUUUACAAACGUAUAUGUCAAAAACUUGAUGCCGGACAUUAAAGAAGAAGAGCUCAAAGAACUGUUUGGAGGGUUUGGGGCGAUUGUUUCUGUUCUCAUCCAGCGCGACGAGAACGGUAACUCAAAAGGGUUUGGUUUUGUCAACUUUGAGCAUCACGAGGAUGCGGAACGCGCUGUGCAACAAAUGAACGAGACCGAGUAUAUCGGACGACGGCUGUACGUUUCCCGAGCACAAAAGAAAUCCGAGCGUGAAGAAAACAAGCAACAACAACAAACAUCCCCGCAUAACACUUCAUCACAACAACAGCAACACCAAAAUCAUUUUCAGCCAAACAAUGCAUUUCAUCCUCAGCAGCAACCUCAUCCAUCAUCGCAUCAUGACAUUACCACAACUACAGCCACAAUCAACAAUAACAGCAAUAAUACCUCCCCGCCAAACACUUCAACAGCACCAACAACAACAACAGCAACGAAUACCACCAAGCAUCACAAUCGAUACCAAGGCAUGAAUCUGUAUAUCAAAAAUUUGGAUGACGAAGUUACUGACCAACGCUUGCGGGACGAGUUUGCGAAAUAUGGCACCAUCACCAGUGCCAAAGUCAUGCGCGACGAAAAAACGGGCCAGUCAAAGGGAUUCGGCUUUGUAUGCUUUAGCAAUGCCCAAGAGGGCACCAAGGCCGUAGCAGAAAUGAACAACAAGAUCGUCUCUUCCAAGGCAAUCUAUGUUGCUCCGGCUCAACGGAAAGAGGAGCGUCGUCACCAUGUGGAUCAUAUGGCGCAACGCAAUAAUCAGUUGCACCUGCAACAGCCUUUCAUGCCCAUGCCUGGCUACAUACCCGGCGCACCCGUGUAUUACGAGUAUAGUGGAUUUCCUCCUCAACCCGACGGCAGGCCGCCCCGAUAUCAAGCUCCCUAUAUUAAGCAAGGCUACCCUGUUCCGGUGCAUGCCUACUACAUGACUACACCUCCUACUCAUCCACUCCCACAUUCCCGGCCGCCCGUGUACUCCACUGCUCCAGCAACAGCCGCACAGCCCCCUACCACAGGUGCUCCGACUGGUAGUGCUACCACCACGACCACCACACCAGAAGAUACUUUGUCAAAAGACGAACAACCCCAACCUCUUACCAUGGACAUGCUUUCUUCCUACUCGGACGAAACACAGAACCAAAUACUCGGCGAACGGAUAUAUGCUGUAGUACAAGCUAAAUAUCCACAACUGGCUGGUAAAGUGACGGGCAUGUUGUUGGAGAUGGAUAAAGAAGACUUGAUUUCGCUCAUCAAUGAUCGCGAGUCGCUGGAAAGCAAGGCCGACGAGGCGGUGACAGUACUGGAGCAUCAUAGAGCAACGUCGUCAUCGUCGCAAACGGAGGAGUAG